GUUUUUAAUCUCAGGUUUUUACAUAUCGGAACGGAGCAGUUUCAGGUGUUGUUGUAUAAUGAAGUACAUACUGGUGACAGGGGGAGUGAUUUCUGGCAUUGGUAAAGGCAUCAUCGCCAGCAGUGUGGGCACUAUUCUCAAAUCAUGUGGUCUGCAUGUCACUUCCAUCAAAAUCGACCCCUACAUCAACAUUGAUGCUGGCACGUUCUCUCCGUAUGAGCAUGGUGAGGUGUUUGUGUUGGAUGAUGGCGGGGAGGUUGACUUGGAUUUAGGAAAUUAUGAACGUUUUUUGGACAUCCGGCUAACCAGAGACAACAAUCUGACGACAGGGAAGAUCUAUCAGUCUGUUAUAAACAAAGAGAGGAGAGGGGAUUACUUGGGCAAAACUGUACAAGUGGUACCACAUAUAACUGAUGCUAUACAGGAAUGGGUUAUGCGGCAGGCCAAGGUCUCAGUGGACGAUGAUGGUAUUGAACCUGAAGUCUGUGUCAUUGAGCUUGGAGGUACAGUUGGAGAUAUUGAGAGUAUGCCUUUCAUCGAAGCUUUCAGACAGUUUCAGUUCAAAGUGAAACGGGAGAACUUUUGUAACAUCCAUGUCAGUCUGGUUCCUCAGCCUAAUUCAACAGGAGAACAGAAGACCAAACCCACACAGAACAGCGUCCGAGAGCUUCGUGGACUCGGCCUGUCUCCUGAUCUGAUUGUUUGUCGUUGUUCAACUCCAUUGGACACUGCUGUAAAAGAGAAGAUCUCCAUGUUUUGCCAUGUCGAACCCGAGCAGGUGAUCUGCAUACACGACGUGUCCUCCAUCUACAGAGUACCUUUACUCCUGGAGGAUCAGGGCAUGGUUCACUACUUCUGCCGCAGGCUGGACUUGCCCAUACAGAUGAGACCACGUCAAAUGCUCAGAAAGUGGAAGGAGAUGUCAGACAGGUCUGACCGACUUCUUGAGCAAACCUCUAUUGCUUUAGUAGGCAAGUACACCAAGCUGUCAGACUCUUAUGCCUCUGUUAUUAAAGCACUGGAGCACUCUGCCCUCGCCAUCAACUAUAAGCUUGAGGUCAAGUACAUAGAUUCAGCUUAUCUGGAGCCAGCAGCAUUGCAGGAUGAGCCAGUGAAGUAUCAUGAGGCCUGGCAGAAGCUCUGCAGUGCUGAUGGUGUUCUAGUUCCUGGAGGAUUUGGCGUGCGAGGCACAGAGGGAAAAAUCCAAGCCAUCAACUGGGCGAGGAAACAGAAAAAGCCAUUUUUAGGUGUGUGCUUGGGCAUGCAGCUGGCAGUGUGUGAAUUUGCUCGUAAUGUACUUGGCUGGGAAGAUGCAAAUUCCACAGAGUUUGAUCCUGAAACAAAACAUCCAGUGGUUAUUGAAAUGCCUGAGCACAAUCCAGGGCAGAUGGGUGGAACCAUGCGGCUGGGAAAAAGACGCACCUUAUUCAAAAGCACCCCCAGCAUUCUCCGAAAGCUGUAUGGAGAUGCUGAAUACGUGGACGAAAGGCAUCGACACCGCUUUGAGGUGAAUCCAGAACUGAAGCACCACUUCGAGGAUAGAGGUUUUCGAUUUGUGGGUCAGGACCUAGAGGGGGAGCGGAUGGAGAUCAUUGAACUUGAAGAUCACACGUAUUUUGUUGGAGUGCAGUACCAUCCAGAAUUCACUUCUCGCCCGAUCAAACCCUCACCACCGUAUUUCGGCCUUCUGCUGGCAGCGUCUGGGAAACUGCAAAACUACCUCCAGAAAGGAUGCAGGCUCUCACCUCGAGACGCAUACAGUGACCGAAGCGGCACUAGUUCACCAGACUCGGAAAUCUCUGAAUUCAAAUUCCCAUCGCUUUCUUAAAAAGGAAAAACCCACCUAAUCAUAAAAACACAUGAAUGACGUUUUAUGAUAUGAAUGUAUGAAUUUAAAUAAAUGGAUAACAAUGCU